CUGAGCUGCUGACUGGAAAGGUUCCUAUCAGAUGUCAGGAUGUCACUGUCUAUUUCUCCAUGGAGGAGUGGGAGUAUUUAGAAGAACACAAGGAUCAGUAUGAGGACAUUAUUACACAGAAUCACCAGACUCACACCACACCACCGGGUAAGAGGAGACCUUUCUGGUCUUUGACAUCAAAAUUUUAACAAAUGGCAAUUUGUUUUGUUAGGUUGUAUACACAUUUAGCUUUUCGUCAUAUUUUUGUGCUAUAAUUUCUAAUACAUUUUGAAUUUUUUUUAUAAAAAUUGCACAUAUGAAUGCAGCCUCAAGCAAUGGCUCUUAUAAAAUAUUUACACUUUAAUUUGGGACCCAGACCUGCCAAAGAACAAAGCACUGUGUCAACAAGGCAGAGGAUCUACGAUUAUCAGGUAAUAUGCAUCACUGGAACAUCCCAUAUAAACAAUGUAUUCAUCCACAAUUUAUGUGUCUUCCAUAGAUGAAUCCAGUAAGGAAGAAACACCAGAGAGAUGCAUCAGUCUAUAUUCCGAAAGUUAUCUAAAAGAAGAUCAGAAUAUCCCACAGGCUCAUCAGGUUACAAAUGUGAAUGACAUAAAAGUUGAAGACAUAAAUGAACAGACACAUUCGAAUGGAACCCAGCAGGGUAAGGAGAAAGAAUUGCCUACAGAUAUCUGCACUGGUUCCUAUCAGAUGUCAGGAUGUCACUGUCUAUUUCUCCAUGGAGGAGUGGGAGUAUUUAGAAGAACACAAGGAUCAGUAUGAGGACAUUAUUACACAGAAUCACCAGACUCACACCACACCACCGGAUGAAUCCAGUAAGGAAGAAACACCAGAGAGAUGCAUCAGUCUAUAUUCCGAAAGUUAUCUAAAAGAAGAUCAGAAUAUCCCACAGGCUCAUCAGGUUACAAAUGUGAAUGACAUAAAAGUUGAAGACAUAAAUGAACAGACACAUUCGAAUGGAACCCAGCAGGGUAAGGAGAAAGAAUUGCCUACAGAUAUCUGCACUGGUAACUGCACACAAAACUUUCCAGAACAUUAUGAAAUGAAAUUCAAUAUCACAAAAGACAGUCAUGGAGAAGAUUCCACAAUUUUUCUUACCACAAAUGUACCCUCAGUCCUUCAGAGCAGAAAUCUAUCUACUGAUCCCACUAAUCACAAGGAACCUUUAUCUGAUCAGUCACAGAUUGUUAAUCAAAGUACAGGAGAUACAGGGGGUAAAAUAUUUCCAUAUUAUGAAUGUGAACAUUUUAAAAAUAAAUCUAUUCGUUAUGUGAAUGAAAGUAUUUACAGAGAUAAGAAUUUAUUUUUAUGUCCAGAAUGUGGAAAAUGUUUUUACCAGAAAUCUGAUUUUUUUAAACAUCAAAAAAGGCAUAAAGGGAAAAAAACAUUUUCAUGUCCAGAAUGUGAGAAAAGUUUUAACCAUAAAUCACAUCUUAUUGUACAUCAAAGAACUCACACAGGGGAGAAACCUUUUUUAUGUUCUGAAUGUGGGAAAUGUUUCACCAGAAAAGCAAAUCUUAUUGAACAUCAUAGAAUUCACACAGGGGAGAAACCAUUUUCAUGUUUAGAAUGUGGGAAAAGUUUUAUCCAGAAAUCAGAUGCUGUUAAGCAUCAGAAAUGCCACACAGGAGAAAAGCCAUAUUCAUGUUCUGAAUGUGGAAAAUGCUUCAGCCAAAAGUCAAAUCUUCUUAAACAUCUAAAAACUCACACAAGGGACAGGCCAUUUUCAUGCUCUGAGUGUGGGAAAUGCUUCACAAGGAAAUCAAGCGUUACUGAACAUCUGAGAACUCACACAGGAGAGAAGCCCUUUUCGUGUCCAGAAUGUCAGAAAUGUUUUAGCCAGAAGUCUGAUCUGGUUAAACAUCAGAGAAGUCACACUGGAGAGAAACCAUAUUCAUGUUCUGAAUGUGGGAAAUCCUUUAAACAGAAAUCAGCUCUUAUUACACAUCAAAGAAUUCACACAGGAGAAAAACUGUUCUCAUGUUCAGAAUGUGGAAAACGCUUUAGCCAGAAGUCUGAUCUUGUUAACCAUCAGUUAAUCCAUACAGGGGAGAAGCCAUUUUCAUGUUCAGAAUGUGGAAAACGUUAUAAUCAUAGAUCAGCUCUUGCUCAGCAUCAGAAGCGAAGCCAUUUUAAUGUUCCGAUUAUAUCAAAUGCUUUACCUCACAUGAUGGACAAGGACAGAAAACAGAUGUCUGAGAGAAUAUUAAACCUCACCCUAGAGAUCAUCUACCUGCUGACUGGAGAGGAUUACAUAGUAGUAAAGAAUGUAACUGAAGAGGGUGAAGAAUGGAGCAGGAACCAGGAUCCUAUCAUGAUGUCUCCACCUCCUUUAUUGAUGCAUAAGAGAAACAACUAUCAGGAGAUCCUGGACCUCACCAACAAGAUCACAGAGCUGCUGACUGGAGAGAUUUCCAUAAGGUGUCAGGAUGUCGCUGUCUAUUUCUCCAUGGAGGAGUGGGAGUAUUUACAAGAACACAAAGGUCUGUACAAGGAUAUUAUGAUGGGGAAUCACCUUGCUUCACCAGAUGAAUCCAGUAAGGAAGAAACACCACAUAUAUCUCCCAAUCUAUAUUCUGAGGUUUAUCCAGAGGGAAAUCAGAAACUCUCCAAGCUUGAUCAGGUUGCAAAUGUGAGCGAUAUAAAACCUGAAGAUAUAACAGAACAGGAAGAGAGAUGUGCGACUGUGACCCAGAUGUGCAAGGAGGAAGAAAUAUCUGAAGAAUUUGGCAUCGCAGAUCCAUGCACCCAAGAUUUUGUGCAAAGUGUCCCUAAUGUCCUUUUAUCUCCAGAUUUUGAACUACAAAAUAACAAUACCAAAGAAGACAAUCAUAGAGAACAUUCCUCAGCACUUCUCACCGCAAACAUGCUGUUUAUCCUUCACAGCAGAGAUCUGUCUACUUAUCCCACCAGUCGCAAGGAACCUUCUUCUGGUCAAUCACAGAUUAUUAAACAAAGUGCAGGUGAUACAGGGGGUAAACUAUUUCCAUAUUCUGAAAGUAAGCAUCUUUUCAAAAUGAAAUCCAAUAUUUCUAUGCACAAAAGAAUUCAUAGAUAUGAGAAUCAAAAAGGGCCCAGAGGGGAAAAGCCAUUUUCUUGUCCAGAAUGUCAAAAACGUUUUUCUCAUAAAUCCCAUUUUAUUGUACAUCAGAGAAGUCACAAAGGGGAGAAGGCUUUUUCAUGUUCAGAAUGUGGUAAAAAUUUUACUAGGAAAGCAAAUCUUGUUGAACAUCAGAAAAUUCACACAGGAGAGAAGCCAUUUUCAUGUUCUGAAUGUAAGAAAUGUUUUAUCCAAAAAUCAGAUGCUGUUAAACAUCAGAAAUCUCACACAGGGGAGAAGCCAUUUUUGUGUCCAGAAUGUGGGAAAUGUUUUGGCCAAAAGUCAAAUCUUAUUAAACAUCAGAAAACUCACACAGGGGAGAAGCCAUUUUCAUGUUCUGAGUGUGGAAAAGGUUUCACCAGAAAAUCAAAUCUUACUGAACAUCAAAGAACUCACACCGGAGAGAAGUCGUAUUCAUGUCCAGAAUGUGGACAAUGUUUUAUCCAGAGAUGGGAUGCUAUUAAACAUCAGAAAGUUCACACAGGAGUAAAGCCAUUUUCAUGUCCAGAAUGUGAGAGCAGUUUUUACCAUAAUUCACAACUAAUUAUACAUCAGAGAACUCACACAGGGGAGAAGCCAUAUUCAUGCUCACAAUGUGAAAAAUGUUUUACAAGGAGAUCAAGUCUUAUUGAACAUCAGAGAAUUCACACCGGAAAGAAACCAUUUUCUUGUUCUGAAUGUGAUAAAUCUUUUAUGCACAAAUCAGUUGCUGUUAAACAUCAGAAAUCUCACACAGGGGAAAAACCAUUUUUAUGUUCAGACUGUGGGAAAUGUUUUUUCCAGAAGUCAUAUCUUGUUAAACAUCAGAGAACUCACACAGGGGAGAAGCCGUUUUCGUGUUCUGAGUGUGGAAAAUGUUUCACCAGGAAAGCUAAUCUUGUUGACCAUCUGAGAACUCACACAGGGGAGAAACCAUUUUCUUGUUCAGAGUGUGGAAAAUGUUUUCGUCAAAAGUCUGAUGCUGUUCAUCAUCAGUUAAUCCACUCGGGAGUGAAACCAUAUUCAUGUUCAGACUGCGGUAAUUGCUAUAAGUAUAGAGCAGCUCUUGCUAAGCAUAAGAAGCAGAGCCAUUUAAAUGUUCAGACUGUAAAUGAUUUAUCUCAAAUGUAGUGCUCUGGAGAAAUAUGUUGGGUAAAAAAAAUAAUAAUAA